UUGAUUUCGCCUGACUUCGCUGAUCACCGUAGAGCUGUCAAACAUGAUCCGCACUGCGCAUUUGAUUCCAACGAACCACAAGUCGUGAGUUUCGGAUGUGAACAUUUUAAAUGUGAGGUUUAAUGGCUUCAGGAUCAUGCACUAUAUUCAUCAUUUGAGGUCCUUGAGUGUGGGCCAUGCUAUGAAGGCGUUGGAGAUGUACAUCACGACAAGGCUAGCCACAGAUGAUGAAAAUCUCUGGACCGAAAACGCUGUAAUUACGUUGAUAUGGAUGAUGGCCACACCACUCCAGAUGACGUUCGUCGUUCCCCCUGACUUUCAAGAUACACUGGACAGGAUACUUCAGACUUGGAAAAGCGUUCUCAGCCCAGCGGCAGCGCAUGCUGCACUCGUUGUGAGUUGGGUUCAUUUUGCGCGGGUUCGAUUACUAAGACUACAGUUCAUCUGGAAGGCGGUCGAGCACACGAUCGAUGAGGAUCAAUGGUGUCAAUUUGCCUUGCAUGAGAUGUUCAAGAAUGCCGGAGAUGGCAAUAUUGGCAAAGUUGAGAGAACCUUGAUACAAUUUCACCUCGACCAGUCCAAUGUGGACGCUGCCCAUGAUGUAUGGGAAAAGAUGUCUCCAGCGCGAAAGCGACAUGAUCUCAGUCGGUAUCUCCAGUACUGCAUUGCUCUCCGCAGGGGUGACGAUACUGCUGUGUGGUCGGCAUUGACAUCACUGGCAACAGUUCACGAUGAUCGAAAUAAGCUGCUUUUUGUAGCAGUAUCCAAGGCUAUGAAGUAUGGGACCAAUGCUCAAACAGCACAACUACUUCAUCGAAUACUCGAAAAAUACAAGGACCGUCUGCCUGCAGAAGUGGAUGCUUUCGCUUUAUCAAGAUGCACAGCUCGUCUCCUGAUUCGAGCUCUUGAAGAAAAUGACAAGCCCUCGGACGAACUGUUGUCCAGACUUUGUGCGGUGUUCAAAUCAGCGUUGUUGCUAUUGCAGAGGCAAGAUACAACAGAGGCACGAUGCACAGCUUCAAUUCUUGCAGACUGCAAAUGGUUUGAGCAGGCGAGCUUUACUUGUGCAAUCUCCAAUUGGAAGUCGUGGCCAGCAAGAUUCGUCAUUGACCUUCUGCAAUACUCUUGUGAGACACAAUAUCCGCCUAAUUCGCCCGGAGAAAGCCAGAUUGAAAAGUUUCUACACGAAGUUACGACAUCCUUCGCGCAAGCAGCCCUGUACACCGCGGAGGCAAGAUCAGCAUCAGCAGACUGGACGAUAGAAGACCUCCCUAGAUCUGCAUAUUCGAGCAAGUCGCCUCCUUUACCAGCAAAUAUCAAAAAGACAUUGUAUAGACAUGUCUUCGACAAAUCUACAAAUCUAAAACGCCGGUACAAUGAGCUGCAACGGGACUGGCCUGAUGCUACACCUGCAAUGCUGGAAGAUGUGGGCAGGCAAGUGGUCGCCGUAUCUCCACUAGCCCUCGAGGCCAUGCUGUUUCUCGGCUCUCACGAGCAUGCACCCGUAGCCGAGUUGUCGCUCAACCAGAUAAUCGACCAGGCCAUACAGCUCCGUCCCACUACGAGACAGUACUCGAGUUUAGUAGAUAUGGUUCUCUGUGCAGCGAGUGUUGUUCCUAUCCAGGGAGAUGUGAACGAAGAAGUACGUCGCGGAUCUCGACUUCCAAUCAUAACGGCAACCCAGCUACUGGCUAAGCUCAUCCAAGGAGUGCGCAGCCACUCUGACUAUGCUACCCCGGAAGCAUCCCGCUGGAUUCGCUGUGUGGUACAAAUUGCCCUCGACGGGCGAGGCUCGGACAAGGGUCUCGUGUCUGCUUAUGAUGAGAAGGCGUUGAAGACUUUGGAUAUGAUCACAUAUCAAGCUUUGAUUCUGGCUCGGUCCGGCAGCGAAGACGAUAUCCCAGGACGGGACAACAGGAAUCAGUACCCCUCGGAGGAGCUCGAGUGGCUCUCGACGACGCUUUUCAAUCUGUCCAUCGACCUCUACAUUUCACAAAUGGAGCUGAGGAGUGCGGCGGAGGAGCCAGUCGUCGAUUCGAGUGAGGAAUCCACCGAGUCCAAGUCAGAUCUUAUGCAACCCCAGAUGUGGGCUGCAAAAGCCGUUGAGUUCGCCGACAUACUUGCAAGGCCCGUGCAGCUUUCUGAUGGGCAAGAGAAUGCUGCGGUGGCCGAAGGGGCUGACUGGGGCAUGCUUGCACGCGUCCUGAGAGAUCGGUGUAAGGGUUUCGGAUGGCAUGUGUAGUUGAGGUCGCCAUGGGAUUUGUGCCGAGGCUUCAUGGAAGGUCACUGGAUGCUCGUG